AUGCGCGAGACGCUCUACAACGUGCUGAUCCUUGGCUUUGGGAACCCAAUGGAUGCCUCGGUCCUGAUGUAUGAUCAACAAGAUGCUGGCGGAAAAAUGUAUCCCCUCGGAGGUAUCUACACAGUCAUCAAGACCAAGGCCCCGGUAACCUGCCACGAGUAUGGUGAUCAAUACUGUCUCUUGGGCCCCUUGGCUUACAAGUCGGCCCCAAUGGAAGUAGAAGCCAUCAAACCUGACACGCUCGAGAUGAGAGACUCGCUCCAUUCAAUGAAGGAUCGUGGGGUCAAGUAUCUCUACAGACAUUGA